AGAGGGGAAGCCUGGAGGUGGCCGCGGGCGCGGCGGGCGCUGCGGACGCCGCUGAGGGUGGAGGACUGGCCGCACGCGAAGCGUACCUCUGCCCUCUCCCUGCCGGCCCCUGGCUUUGACGUGUGACCCCACGCGCUUUAGGACUCAUCUGAUCCAGUGAGCCAGACCCCGAGCCCAAACCAUGUUCCCGGUGAAGGUGAAGGUGGAGAAAUCAGACAUGGAGAUGGCCAAGGCCCGGAACCAACUGGAUGCUGUUCUGCAGUGUCUGCUGGAGAAGAGCCACAUGGACAGGGAGCGUCUAGAUGAGGAAGCUGGGAAGACGCCCUCGGACACGCACAAUAAGGACUGCUCCAUUGCAGCCACCGGCAAACGGCCAUCCGCCCGCUUCCCCCACCAGCGGCGGAAGAAGAGGAGGGAGAUGGAUGAUGGGCUGGCCGAGGGAGGGCCUCAGCGAUCCAAUGCGUAUGUGAUCAAGCUGUUUGACCGGAGCGUGGACUUGGCCCAGUUCAGCGAGAACACACCACUGUACCCAAUCUGCCGUGCCUGGAUGCGCAACAGCCCCUCAGCGCGAGAGCGUGAACACUCACCCACCUCACCACUACCCCCACUGCCUGAGGACGAGGAGGGGUCAGAGGUUACCAACAGCAAGAGUCGUGAUGUGUACAAACUGCCUCCACCCACGGCCCCUGGGCCACCUGGAGACCCCUGCAGAUCCCGCAUUCCAUCCCCGCUGCAGCCUGAGACCCAGGGUACCCCGGAUGAUGAGCCCUCGGAGCCCGAGCCCUCUCGCUCCACACUCAUCUACCACAACAUGCAGCGCUGGAAACGCAUUCGUCAGAGGUGGAAGGAGGCAUCUCAUCGGAACCAGCUCCGUUACUCAGAGAGCAUGAAGAUCCUACGGGAGAUGUACGAGCGACAGUGACGUGCUCCUGUCUCCCCACCCCAAUAAAGUCCCGCUGUGCCCUGGCCUCUGCUUGCCCCAGCCUCUCUUGUGGCCGAGACCUAAGGCAGCUGGCAAAGCUCCAGCACAUUUAUUGGAGUGGGCUUA